UAAUAAAUACAGGAGUAGGAUUUGAAAUGAAUCGAAUAUAAAUUGUAAUUUGACUAAUUAACAAAUAAAUUUGCUUAUUAAGUUUCAUAUUUACGACUAUAAUCAUACUGAAAUUUAUAAAAAAUUUACAAUGAUGAUUCACACAUAAAUUUGAUACGUUUAUAAAAUGUACAAUCUUGAAAUUCGAUCGUUUGACUAACUGCUGGGUUAGAGUUAUCACUAUAUUUUGUUAAUUGCGUUUAAUGAGUUUGAUAUGGGUGAAUUUACGAUUACAUGAACGAUUUCGAAAAAAAUGGCACACAUUUUUCGCAUGUACAAAUCCGAAAUGUCUAUAAUAGUUCGUAAUUAUGGAAAUUAUAAAGUGUCGCAAAGAUCACAACGCAAUCAUUACGAAAUUUUACGCAUCUCUGAGAACGCAACACAAAAACAAAUAAGAGCUGCUUACAUUAAAUUAUCAAAAGAAAUGCAUCCUGAUGUUGGGAAUAAAGGAAGUCACAAUGAUUUUGUGAAGAUUAACGAAGCUUAUUCAACUUUGAGUAAAACGGAAGAUAGAAUGCAGUAUGAUAUGAAUUUAAGAUACAACAAUACAUCUCACAACCAAAAUUCUUCUAAUAGAUACAAUUAUUAUCAUAAUAUGGGUGUUGAAUUUAAACCUGGAGACACCCCUCGGGAAACAAGAAGAGCUAAUAGUAUACCCAUGUCUAGAAAAACUAUAAGAAAUAUAAUAAUCUUUUUUGUAAUUAACGUGCUUCUUGCAGUCACUUCACAGAUACUAAUUGCAGUAUCUGCAAGAGAGGAUAUGAGAAGAAGGAGCAAAUUAUAUGAGAUUGAAUAUCAACAAAUGAAAGAAAAUGCUACAAAGAAUACAUUGUUAGAACAAAUGGAUUAUUUAUACGAGUUACAGAAACACUAUAACUUCGAUGUCAAUGAUGAAUAACGUCAUGUAAUAUAUAGUCUAUUCCAGUUAAUUGAGACACAUAGAGAUCUGAACAAUUUUAGUUUCGUUUUUUAAGAUUUGUUCCAAAUAAACAGCAAGCUUGAUCAACCAAUGUCUCGAAUAACCAGAAUAGACUAAAUUAGUAAAUCAGUAGUUAUUUUGUGUAAAUUUUUUGCAUAACAUGCAUUGACUUCUAAAGAUGUAUUAUAUAGAUUGUAUAUUUCAUAAUUUAUUUUGAUUGUUAUACAUAAUGGAUAUAUAUUUUUUGUAAUGUGUAAAUAUUUUCUUUGUUGUAUAAUACAAAACAUACAUUUUUUUGAAUAAAAUAAAGUAUAUUUUA